CCAACGGCUUCAUUUUCCGAAAUUCAAAAACUUCAAACUCUCUCUCUCUCUCUCUCUCUCUCUCUCUCUCUCUCGCGCUCUCCGAUGGCGACCACUACAACAAGCACUAAUUCCUUCCUGACUACGCCGACCAAAACCCCAUCGGAGAAAUCCCAAUCCAGAAGGCACCAUCACCACCACCCAAACAUGUCCGAUUCCUCCUCUUCUUCUUCUUCCAAGUCCCGGUUUGAGGCAUACAAUCGGCUGCAGGCCGCCGCAGUAGCCUUCGGUGAGAAGCUUCCGAUCCCGGAGAUCGUCGCCCUCGGCGGACAGUCCGACGGCAAAAGUUCCCUCCUCGAAGCACUCCUCGGCUUCCGCUUUAAUGUUCGGGAGGUUGAGAUGGGCACUCGCCGACCUCUCAUCCUCCAGAUGGUUCACGACCCCACCGCUCUCGAACCUCGCUGCCGGUUUCAGGAGGAGGAUUCUGAGGAAUAUGGAAGCCCUGUGGUUUUGGCAUCUGCAAUUGCAGAUAUUAUAAAGUCUCGGACUGACUCACUUUUGAAGAAGACUAAAACUGCCGUUUCUUCCAAGCCAAUUGUGAUGAGAGCCGAAUAUGCACAUUGUCCUAAUCUCACCAUCAUCGAUACUCCAGGUUUUGUUCUAAAGGCAAAGAAGGGCGAACCUGAUAACACACCUAAUGAAAUUCUUUCAAUGGUUAAGUCACUGGCUAGUCCUCCACAUCGAAUUUUGCUGUUUCUUCAGCAGAGUAGUGUGGAGUGGUGUUCUUCAUUGUGGUUGGACGCCAUUCGUGACAUUGAUCCGACAUUUAGACGAACAGUAAUUGCCGUGUCUAAAUUUGAUAAUCGUCUAAAGGAGUUCAGUGACCGGUGGGAAGUGGAUCGGUAUUUGAGUGCAAGUGGUUACCUUGGAGAUAACAUUCACCCAUUUUUUGUGGCUCUACCGAAGGACAGAAGCACAAUUUCAAAUGAUGAAUUUCGUCGUCAAAUAGCUCAAGUGGACACCGAAGUUCUCCGUCAUCUACGUGAGGGUGUCAAGGGAGGAUUUGAUGAAGAAAAGUUUAGGCCCUUUAUUGGGUUUGGCCGUCUAAAAGAGUAUUUAGAGUCUGAACUUCAGAAGAGAUACAAAGAAGCUGCACCAGCAACACUUGCUUUGCUUGAACAGCGCUGUAGUGAAGUCACUACUGAACUGACUAGAAUGGAUUCCAAAAUACAGGCCACUUCUGAUGUUGCUCAGCUUAGAAGAUGUGCUAUGUUGUAUGCGGCUUCUAUCAGCAAUCAUGUGGGAGCUUUGAUUGAUGGAGCAGCAGAUCCUGCCCCAGAGCAAUGGGGAAAAACAACAGUGGAGGAGCAAUCGGAAAGUAGUAUUGGAGGUUGGCCAGGUAUUAAUGCAGAUAUAAGGCCUCCUAAUGCUACACUUAGGCUCUAUGGAGGAGCUGCCUUUGAAAGAGUGAUGCAUGAAUUUCGCUGUGCUGCCUAUUCCAUUAAAUGCCCCCCAGUAUCCAGAGAGAAGGUGGCAAAUAUAUUACUUGCACAUGCUAGUCGUGGUGGAGGCAGAGGAGUGACAGAGGCAGCUGCAGAAAUUGCACGCGCUGCGGCACGGUCAUGGCUUGCACCUCUUCUGGACACUGCUUGUGAUCGACUUGCUUUUGUUUUAGGAAAUCUCUUUGAUCUUGCUCUAGAAAGAAAUUGCAACCGUGAUUCAGAAUAUGGGAGAAAGUCUGGUAAUAUGGAUGGGUACGUUGGUUUUCAUGCUGCUUUGAGACAUGCAUACAGUCGCUUUAUUAAGGAUCUUGCUAAACAGUGCAAGCAAUUAGUUCGGCACCACCUUGAUUCAGUUACAAGCCCAUAUUCACUGGUCUGCUAUGAGAAUGACUUUCAAGGAGGUUUUGGCUCUAGUACAGCUUCCUUUUACAAAUUCAACCAGUCUUCAUCUGGUUUGUUUUCGGUUGAGUUAGCUGAUGGUGGGGCCUCAACCCAAGAUGAGACAAUGAGUGAUCAGGAGAAUAUUGCUCCAGAAAAAAGUGAACAGCAAACCACACCAGGAAAAAAUGCAGAAGCUAGAGGAGCUCUAAGGGAAAGCCAGAUGACAAUUCCAGAAACUCCAUCUCCUGAUCAACCUGGUGAAGCAAUAUGUGGUGGUGGCAAGGAAAAUGGAAAUGGAAUUGAGAUUGGAGCAAGAAAGAGAAUUUCGAGAAUGGCAGGGAUUAAGAGAAAUCCUGAUCAUUCAAGAGUUCAAAAUGGUGAUGGUCUUUUAUUUGGAAAUGGGAAUGGCGGUUUCAGAUCUGGCUCGGCCUAUUCAGAAAUCUGUUCAUCAGCUGCACAGCAUUUUGCACGGAUACGUGAAGUUCUUGUUGAGAGAAGUGUGACAUCAACUCUGAAUUCUGGAUUUUUAACACCUUGCCGGGAUCGACUUAUUCUGGCACUUGGGUUGGAUUUGUUUGCUGUUAAUGAUGAGAAAUUCAUGGACAUGUUUGUGGCUCCUGAAGCAAUUGAUGUACUACAAAACGAAAGACAGUCUCUUCAAAAGCGUCAGAAGAUUCUCCAGUCUUGUUUGAACGAGUUCAAAAGUGUUGCUCGUGCACUUUGAUGCUGGUAACACUAAUUCUUGAUUAGAACUUGCGUCUACAUCGAAUAGAUGGAUUUUUUUUA